AUGCGCUUCACUGUAGCUAAUGUCGCUUUACUUGCUUAUACUGGCGUCAGUAUGGCCAAUAUAUGCACCAUUGUUGGCUAUACUUGGGAAGACCAGGACGUCUUCAGCGGUAUCCCCGGCGAAGUCUAUGGCGAUGAGGGCUUCGAGCUCUACUACCAAGGAGGUGUCCAUAUUUCCGGUGGAGUCUUCAGCAGGGAUGGCAGCGCCUUCAACUCGGUAGCGAAGCACACAAUCGACCAACAUUAUCUUCAUACUGCCGAGUCUAUUAUUUGGACACCUCGAUUGAAUGGCAUUGCUAUGGUAGGAUGCCAUGUUUCUUAUGAAGGAAAAGACUACGAAGGAUAUCUUCACGGGCCGUUUAGCCCUUGUGGUAGCACUAGUCUUGGCUACUCUUGCUCGUACUGCAAUGUCGACUUCGAAUGCGAAGGCAAUCUUCCGGCCCCUAACUAG